AGACUAAGAUUAUUAAAAUUGAAGAGCAUCAUAACCGAAAGUACUCGAUUGCUCCCAUCUUUUUAGAAUUCCACUAGUUUAUUUACUCCGCAAUUGUAUCUUCCUGUUUUUUUCAAUUGCGUUAUGACGGUGAAGAUAAAAGAGAAGAAUUGAGUUGGGAGGGACCACUUUGGUUUUGAAAAAACCUGCAUUCGUCAACUUUGACAGGCUGUAAUGAAACGUUCUUAUUGACCAACUGUAGCAAACUGGAGACCCUGACUCUCUGCAUAUUGAGCCAACCCUGUCUUCCACGUUUAAUGACCCACCGAGAUCUCCGUUUGUUAGUUCUGGCUUCUAAACAUUUUCCAUCUCUAGCUGCCACUGCUUUUGCUGCUAUACUUUUCAAUUUUUGUUCCUUGAAGAGAAGAUCAAGUGAGAUCAAAUGGAGGGGAGGGCAAAAAAAAGACGCAUCUGUGAAAAUGAUGCAACAGCAGGAGGCGCUUCUUCUACUCACACUUCAACAGAAGGUCAAGGAAUGGCUACUUCAUCAGGAUAUGACUAUGAAGUAUUCUUAAGCUUCAAUGGAUCAGAUACUCGAGCAGGUUUUACCGACUUCCUUUACAUUAGUCUUAAAGAUGCGGGAAUCCGCACGUUUAAGGACGACGAAGAGCUCGGCGUUGGGGAAGAGUUUGCCCCGGAACUUCUCCAAGCAAUUAAUCAGUCGAAGAUCUCAAUACCUAUCUUUUCGAAAGGCUAUGCCUCUAGCGUAUGGUGUCUCAAGGAGUUAGUCCAGAUGGUCGAGUGCCAGAAAACUGGAAGACAGAAGAUCAUCCCUAUUUUUUAUGAUGUGGCACCUUCAGAGGUUCGGCACCAAACAGAGGGUUAUGCACAGGCCUUUCUUGCACAUGAAAACAAGAAGCGACACGACGAAAAGACUAUUCAAGGGUGGAAGGAUGCUCUCAGUGCAGUGGGAGCAAUAAACGGAUGGGACCUGCAUAGCAAGAAGGAGAACAGGCGAGAAGGAGAGUUCGCAAAAGAACUUACCCAUAAGGUUUUCAGCGAGUUGAAAAAGGGUUAUCUAGCGGUAUCAGACUACUUGGUCCGUGUCGACAACCAUGUGGACGCAAUCAUGGAAAAGAUAGGUGCUGAGACAAGUGAAACACGGAUUAUAGGAAUCCACGGGAUGGGUGGCAUCGGAAAGACGACUAUUGCCAAAAUCAUCUACAAUAAGCUUAAAAAAAAUUUCGAGGGCUUUACCCAAAAAACCCAAAAAAAAAAAAAAAAUUUCGAUGGUUGUUGCUUCCUUUCUAACGUCCGUGAAACCUCAAAACUCGAGGGCAUUCACCGCUUGCAGCAUCAGCUCAUCUCUGACAUCCUCAACACGAAAUGCAUGGAUAUAAGAAAUAUUGAUGAAGGGAUUAAGACCAUUAAAGAUAGGUUGUCUAAUAAAAGAGUCCUCCUUCUUCUCGAUGAUGUGGCAGAAAAGGAUCAUAUGGAUGCACUUGUAGGAAAUGGUGAUUGGUUUGGUGAAGGGAGCAAACUCAUUAUUACUACAAGAAAGAAAGAUGUUCUCAUUGUUCCGGAAGUGGACUGCACUUAUGAGGUUAAUGGCAUGGAUGACUGUCAAUCUCUUCAACUCUUUAGCAAACAUGCUUUCAGAAGAGAAUCUCCUUUGAUUGAGUAUAUUGACCAAUCCAAGAGGGCAAUAGGCAUUGCUAGAGGUCUUCCGCUAGCUCUUGAGGUCAUAGGUUCACUUUUAUCUGGCACUGAAAAGAAAAGCUGGGAUGACAUAUUGGAGAAGUUGGAAAAGGUUCCUCAUGUGGAUGUUCAGAGUAAGCUAAAAAUAAGUUAUGAUGCAUUAGAACUUCGACAACAACAUAUAUUCCUCGAUAUAGCUUGUUUUUUCAUUGGACAUGACAAAGACAUUGUGGUCCAUUUCUGGGAAAAAUCUAAAUUUUUUCCAAAAGUAGAUAUGGAAGUUCUGCAGAACAUGUCUUUGAUAAAGAUUGGAGAGUAUAAUAAAGUGUUGAUGCAUGACCAACUCAGAGAUUUCGGAAGAGAAAUGGCUCGUCAAGAAAGUAAGAUGAAAAUAGAGAAGCAAAGGAGGGUAUGGGAUCCCAAGGAAGCAUUGGAUUUGCUGAGGAGACGUAAGGGAAAAACAAAAGUUGAAGCUCUUCAUCUACACUUUGACCAUGAGCUGCAGUACCGUUUUACUCGUAAAGAUUUUAAGAGAAUAUCAAAUGUGGGGUUUCUUCGAGUUAACGGUUUGGAGGAACAUUUUUGUGUUGAAGAGAGGCUUCUUUGGCACGAAUCACCAUCAAAUGUUCUUCCGGCUAAUGUUUUUCGGGAGAAUUCGUAUCUCCUUCCGCAUUUACGAUGGCUUUCUUGGCACGGUAUUCCCCCAACAUUUAACAUUGCAAAUUUCUCCAUGGAGAAUGUGGUUAUUCUUGAUCUAUCUAACAGUGAAAUUACGGAUGAUUGGAAGGGGUGGAGCCAUAUGGAGGUGAUGAAGAAUUUGAAAAUUUUGAAUUUGACCGGAUGCGAUUGCUUGGAGAGAACUCCCAUCUUCUCUGCUGAGGUAAAUUUAGAACGAUUGAUCCUAAAGGGCUGUGAAUCAUUAACUGAUAUUGAUAGGUCGAUUUGUCAUUUGAAAAGCCUAGUUUCCUUAGAUGUAAGCUCUUGUAACAAUCUUCGGAGGCUGCCAGACGAGCUAGGUAGAGAUCUUGCGAGCCUUGAAUACCUAUCUCUGCAAUGUUGCAUAUCGUUCGAGAGGCUUCCGGAUACAAUCGGAAAUUUAGAAUCGCUGAUUGAGCUGGAUAUAUCCCAAACAGGGAUCAAAGAAUUGCCCGAUUCCAUCUGGACAAUUGAGAAGCUCGAAGAAAUAGAUGUCCAAUUUACAGACGAUUUCAAUGUGGAAGUGGAAAUUGGCAAUUGCAUCUAUAGAAAUCGAUCCCUAAGGAUCUUGAAAUUGUGGAAUGCUGCAAUAUACGUGGUACCGAGGCUUCCUGAAAGUCUUAUCAUUCUAGAGUUGCAUGACUUGCAUAUGGAUACGUUUCCAGAUCUCUCAAACCUGACUAAUUUAAAGGAAUUGAAGCUGUCGCUUAGCGAACAUGAUGCUGGUUGGGAAUCUGAUGGGCCUGUGCAAGAAUAUCCGAUGCCAGGGGGGAUUGGGAAUUUAAGCAAACUGGAGACUCUGGACCUAUACUCUUAUCGUGUGACCCACUUACCCACGGAUAUUAGUAGUCUCCUUCCUCGACCCCAAAGACUUGAUCUCUGGUGCCCUAAUCUGCGUUGCCUCCCGAGCCUUCCCUCCAGUUUAUUAUCCUUGGAUUUGGAGUCUAAACACAUGACCGCCUUACCCAUAGAUAUCGGUCUCCUUCCACGACUCCAAAAACUUGAACUCCGGUGCCCUAAUCUACGUUGCCUCCCGAGCCUUCCCUCCAGUUUAUUAUCCUUGGGUUUGGGCUCUAAACACAUGACCGCCUUACCCACAGAUUGUAGGAGUCUCCUUCCCCGACUCCAAACACUUAAACUCUUCUGCCAUAAUCUGCGUUGCCUCCCGAGCCUUCCCUCCAGUUUAUCAUUAUUGAGUUUGGAUGGUUGCAAGUCACUUGUUUUCCCCGGGGAUCUAUCGAAUUUGACGAACCUAUCAGAUCUUUGGAUUACUAACUGUGUAAUCUCAGAGAUUCGAGGCCUUGAUGGUUCGGAGAACCCAGAUUUGCAGCUUUUGGAACUUCAACAGGUGUGGAUAUUACCUGAUCUAAGUAAUCUCAACCAACUACGGUGUCUUCAUGUGUCCUUCUGCAGUAAUCUGGUUGAGAUUCAAGGCGAACUACCACAAUGUUUGGAAGAAUUGAGUAUUUUUGGAUGUGGAUCUUUACAGAAGUUGCCUGAUCUAUCAAGCUUGAAGGGACUGCGAUCUGUUGAUAUAAAGAGUUGCGGGAAAUUAAAUGUGGAGGCAAUUUCUUUGCUUUGCUCGGAGAAGGCAGUCAGAUUUGAGGGAGACAGAGACGAAUCAGAGGUACAAGAUGACGAAUCUGGAUACGAAUUUGAAUAUGGAUUUGAGGGAGAAGACUGACGGAUAAGUGCACGUUGCUCUUGAAAGCUUCUUGAUCGCCGACCACAAAUUGUUCCCUUGUGUGCAAACUUUAAACGAAUUGAGGAAAGAUGUGCUUCUUAGUGGGAUUUGCAAAUAUUAUGGAGAAGUCAUAAAAUGAAGAAAGAGGAAUUUUACUUGGGUAGCGGAUCAAUAGUUGGUGCAGCAAAACUUCCACCUCCAAGGAAAGGUGUGCUUCUUAGCGGGAUUUGCAAAUGUUAUGGAGAAGUUAUAAAAUGAAGAAAGAGGAAUUUCACUUGGGUAGCGGCAUCAAUAGUUGGUGUAGCAAAGCUUCCAUCUGUGACAGGAGAGGAGAACUAUUUAGCUUGGCCAAGGUAUCAUAAAUCAUAUUAUAGUUGAGGCUAAAUUUCAGUAUUAUCGGUGUAUCGGACAUGUGAGGAGUCUCACUUGGGGUUUGAAAUCAUGAAAAUCGACCCUUGUGUGAUCUCCAUUAUUGCCUCCAUUUUCUUGAAAUGGUUAUGCCUAGGUGGUUAUUCGUAAUAGAAGCCUAGCUGUAUAGAUGGAGACCGAAGAAAGGCAGAUGAUGGAUGAAAUUUGAUGUUGAUCAUGUUCCCUCUCACAAUCUUGGGGUGGUAAACCCUGUAUUCAUCUGUUUUGGAGGGUAAAAAAGCUAUUUAGGCAAACCUGAUUUUUUUUCCUUUAUUGUGGGCUGAAAAAAUGAUUAUUACAUUUCAUCUAAA